UAGGUUUCAGAAUAUUAUAGUACGACGCUUAGGAAUAGUAUACACUAAAUCAAUAAAAUGAAGAAAAUACUACUUUACAUUUGCACUUUUGUGUUCGUUUCUUUCACCGCUGACUCGAAGAAAAUAGGAUCUGCCAAUGUGAAUUACAAUACCUGCCUAACUGAAACUAAUAUAUCUGAAGAUGACGUAUUAACAAUACAAGACAUACUACAGGACAAAUACAAAUCCGAAAAUCAAGAAAAACUCAAUAAAAAUGGUUGUCUUAUACAAUGUAUAUUUCAAAAGGAUGGAAUGAUGGAAGAUGCAGAAUAUAAGGUAGGAAAGAUGCAUAAUGAAUUCAUCAAGAGAACAAAGAUUCAACCAGGAGAUAAAAGGUUGGAAAGUGUGGACACUUGCAUAAACGAAUCAAAAGACGUUACAGAAAAAUGCGAAAAAGCAUUCCUUUUUGUUACAUGUCUUUUCAAAUCUCAACGUGAUCAUAUGCAUGACCUUGGGUAUGAUGAAUCCACAGAAUAGUGAAUAGAAAAAUAACCGAAAUAUAAUUAAUAUGUUAAAAUUUACAUUGCACAGCAUUUUCAAUAAAGAAUAUA